GGUCUUAAGAAAUUGGUCCUACGUUUUGGAUUAAUGAACUUUGCAGAGAGGCAUAUCAGUAAACACUGGAAGAUACUCUCCACCUUUGUUAAAGAAAGACAGGAUGCUUUGGCUCCAAGACCAAUCCGAGGACUCGGAAAAAUCAUAGUUAAGGCUGACAGUAAGAUUAUUUUUUGCCUGGAGAAAUCACUGGAUAAAUUGAUCAGCAUUUUUAUCAUCUUUUUAUUGGUUAUGGGAACGUUACUGCUGGCUUUAUUACUUACUGCAAAGGUUCACGAGGAAAGUGUGCACAUGAUCAAAGUCACCAGUAGCCUGAUUAAUGAGACUGUUGCUAACCAUCCUGAAUGGGCAAACUGGCUUCCUGAGGCACAGGUCAUCCAGAAAGCACUAAAUUCUGCUGCUAACAAUGUGUACCAGUACGGAAGAGAGUGGAUAACCCACAAGGAGAUGCCAAAUCCAUGA